GCUGCCUCAGUGUCUGUGAUGAGGAGUACCGAGAGGCCAGCCUUAGCUCGCUGCCAGUGCCCAGGCCAGGAGCCAUGUGUGUGCCCUUCUGCUCCCGCCGACGGUGUCCUUUCGUGAGACGAGAUUUAGGAGUUAAGAGGAGACAGCCUAUAACGUGUGAUAGUGUCUCGUACAGAACAUAAACAGUCCUCUGGUGUACGACGUGUUUGACCCUAGUUCUUGUGCUGUGUAGAUAAGAAUGUGAACAACUUGUUUAAGUUCAUGCGGUUUUUAGUUCCGUCUCUUGUGAGUUUCAUUCGUCCAUACAUCUCAGUAUCAAAAUACAUGAAUAUCGUAUACGUCCUUAGAGCAGAAAAUGUAACUACACAAUUUAUUAAAAUUUUUAUGUUGUAGUACAUGAAAGGAAAACAGCAGUUUGUGAAAAAAUACUUUUAUGUAACAAAGUUGGUGCUCCUCACACACACAAAAAUGUAAAGAAUUCACAAUUUUGGUUAAGAUUUCCAAUAUUUGAACAUAAAAUUAAGAAUUGACACAUUACAUAUUAUAGUGAAUGUCAUUUCAUGAAAAUUUACUUGGAACAUUUACCGUGUGUAAGGAGUUAAGGAAACAGAGAGAAAAUUUAUAUGCAGGAUCUGAUGGAUAUCAGAACACUUCUCGACCAGGAUAAACUACGUAUUUGUACAGAAAUAUCCCUUUUAGAGUAGUGGCCACUCACGAGGAACAUGACACUCGAGUAGUGACUCCAGUACACACACACAACUUGUACUGGAACACACAGGUUGUGACUUCAGUGCAGAAACGCUGAACACGAAGGGUGAACAUGUGAACUUGACUGGAAAUACUAUAUAAGCGUCGAAUUACAAAUAUUGAAUUCAAUAACGAAUAAAUUCAAGUGAAAGCAGUGAUCACGGGACGAUGAAUGAAUUAGCUUGUGCGCAGUGACAUUCACAGUGAUGGAAUUGUUCUGAAUUGUGUGAAAUAACAUUCAAAAUUGAAUGCCUCUGUGCACAAUACUGGCCCGUGUGAGUAUAUGGAUCAAAUUAUGGAAGUCCUUUGAUGUGUUGGACCAAGAAGUCAUCAAACUAAACCGGGCUUCUGAAAUACUAUGACUGAUUCCGACCUGUCACCGAGGCGUGUUACCAGGGUCAAGAUGUGGGCGUGGGCGUUGGCAUGGGCGUGCCUCCUCAACGCAAUGCCUACUUCCUCUCUCUUUGUACCUGAGACUGAGGGAGGAGGAUCUGGGGCUGUGGUACAAGUCCUCAGUCGCAUGAUAGAGGUGCUGGAGACGCAGGAGAGACACACGGCGCUCUACGAGAGAGUGGCGCUGCUGGAGGACAACCUCAACAAGAAGACGGAGACGGAGGUGAGGCUGGAGUCUGAGGUCCUGCAGCUGCGGGCCAAGAUUCCCGCCCUGGAGGAGGAGAUCAAGACCAUCCCGGAGAUGAGGAAGGACCUGGCCGAGUUCCAGGCCAAGAUCGAGAAGUUGGUGCACGACUACGAGGCUAAGCUCUCCACCUUGGCCUCCGAGGUCAUCCGUCUCAAGAAGUACGGGGCCAGGACCAAGGACUUCCAGACCCUCAGCGAUGGGAGUAAAGUUCUCCUCAGGAGAGCACCUUCAUGCCCGGAGGUGGGACUGGGCAUGGUGGCCGAGAGAGUAGGGGAACAAUGCCUCUACUUCCCUCUCGGUCUGCAGCUCAACUGGACGUCUGCACACCGCCGUUGUCAAGAGCUGGGAGGAGACCUGGCCGCCCCUCAGGACCUGGUGCCUCUCAAGACCUUCCUCCACCAGGCGUUCGGUGAGUCCUGGCCCUCAGGGAGAUGGGUUCGUGGACCCUCGUUAUGGCUGGGUGCGUCUUACGCACUAAACGACAUCGACACGACGAGCGUUGAUUCUAUUGUCGCGUCGCAAGGGUCUCCUAACGGCUUCCAGGAGGAUAAGAAGAACAGUUCUGGGGUUACUCAAGACACCAGUAUAAAUCAAAGAUCUUCCAGCCAUUCCCUGGAAGACAGUAGAGGAGAUAUUGCACUCGUACAGGACCAAGUUGUGUUGUCGAGCCCUCCCGAUAAUAUGCUUUUAGACGAAGGCCAUAGCGAUAAUGUACAAGCUGCAGGGGAAACUGCAGGAAGCUGGUCGAGAGUUUUAGAUGAGGCCAUGUUUAAUGAGGAUUUCGUUAGAAAUGGCGGAAUAAUAAGCGCCCCUCGUCGACUCUCGAAGCCUCAACAGAGCAGCCUGAAGCUUGCCAUUCGUGACUCUCCAGGAAGACAGGGUCUUGAAGAGAUGAUCCGAGAUGCCUCAGUCGUUGACUUUAUCCUUCUUGAGGAAUCAGUGGACUCUGCUGUUCCCCCAGUCGAGGCUUCGAAUGAUCAGAACCUCCCAGAAUAUUCAAAUCCGGAUGAGCGCUCUGUUUCGGGAACCUUAGCAGAUAUUCAUCUAGACGCUGCGAGCACACAGCCUAGAAAUUCAAGUGACGAAAGAUCACUUCUUGGACACGAAGUUAGGGACACGGAAAGUGGUGGAGGCUUAGAGACGCAAGAAACAAAUGAGAGUAAAGGGGCCAAGAAGGCCCGGAUGAAGUGCAUGCUGCUCCAGCAGAAGGAAUCCCUGGAAUACGAGCUCAUAGGACGACCGUGUGAUGAGCUACACACCUUCGUUUGUGACAUGAAGUUCGCUUUUGAUAAUCUAUUGCACGAGUGAUAUUUCUCUUAACUCUAAGGAGUGUACAUAUACCUUGAACCUUAUAACCAAAAUACUUGUUAGCAGCAUAAGAAAAAUAUGUCAGCAGUGUUAGAAUGAAGUAUAGAGUGCUUUUCUCUGCUGUCUUUGAACACUAGCAAGCUUUCUGAACACAUGAAUCAUACCCCUCUUGAAAAAGUGCAGUGGCAGUGAAUUUGUAAAAUGAUAUAUGUAUAUGUGUGUGUAUAUAUAUAUAUAUAUAUAUAUAUAUAUAUAUAUAUAUAUAUAUAUAUAUAUAUAUAUAUAUAUAUAUAUAAUAAUAUAAUAUAAUAUAAUCUUUUCAUAGCAAGGUGGUAUGAGCUAAGGUAGCAGGUGGAGUCUCUUGCUGCUUAUUGAACAUAUAAAUCUUAUCUAAGGUCAGUUGUUUAAGAUGUUCGUGUAUUAAUAGUUAAAACUGUUUUAUACUCAAUGUACUUGGAUUUUUCUGAACAUUCAGCAUAUUGUAUAUUAUUGAAGAAAAAUAUUUGGGGGUUUGCUACCAUUUAAUUUUAUGUUUAAGUUAUAAGUAUGUAAUAUACUCGCAUAAUUCGCAUUACUUUACAAAUAGGCUUAAAUUACCUAUAGCUAUAUAUUAUGUCUUAAGCUGAAUAAAUCUUUCUGAUUGAUCAAAUUUAAUUAUAAGUUAUGAAAUUAAACUUUCUGCAGUAUUAGCCGUCUCAUGUUAUAUAUAAUUAAUGUACACUGUUUGUCUUUAUUUUCAGAUAUAUGACAGCCUCAGAGACACUAAGUUUUGAACAAGAGAUUAGAGGUAUAAGCAAUAAUGUGGUUAUUCGCUGAAUUGUUGGAAUUUAGCCAAAAUCCUUAAUCAUCAUAUAAACAAUAUAUUUGAUACGAUUUUGAAAUAAAUAAUAGAUGGAAGCAUUGUCAACCCUUAAAAAUUAUUGUAAUAACUAAUACCCAACGAUUUUUGUGAUUUUUUAAAAAUAGUAAUAUAGUUUUUAAAUAUUAUCAGAGAUACUUUUCUGAAUGCUAAUUUAGAAUAGAAUAAAAAAACAGCUGUAUUUUAAUAAUUCAGCGAACAGCAACACAAUUAUAUAUAUCUAAAAUCUCUUUUAUGUAUAAUAUGAAUGUGCAUGUUAUUCAAUAUGACCGAGAGUGUUAGGCAAAUAAUGCUUGCCCGACUCUUCUAUAUAUAUAUUUUUUAUUUUCUUUACUUGGGAAAGAAACUGGAAAAUUAACUCUCCUAAAUAUGCUUCAAAUUUUACAUUUUGCCUUUGAACGAGACAGGUUCCGCUGAAGCACUCUCCAAACAUCUUUUUAAGUUAGGGGGAAAAUAUAUAAAAAUUUAUAGCAGAGAUAUUAUAUGUCCGAUAUAGGAUGGGUCGAGGUGAGGUGUUUACCAAUAGAGGACGACUGGAUAAUCUUACAUUUUCAUGGGUUGGCUGGUGAAGUUGGUGUGGUGUGAACUGACAGUUCUGUUUUACUUCAAUAAGUGAUUAGACAACUUUCUUGAUUCAUUCCAUUCACCUGGGCUGUAGGAGAUUCGAACCGUUGACCCCAUGCGUGUGAGGUCGAAGCUCUAUCGACCGAGCUGUUUAUUUAACCUUCCUCAUAUUCCUCUCCUUUUUCUCGUAUCACAUGCAUGUUUCAGGUGUCAAAUUUUCACCUAUAUUUCUGUGACUUACUACCUGCAUACUAUCUGCAUAUUUAAGCAUACUGAUUUUUGAACACUUUCAUUAUAUCCGGUACCACACUGAUGUACAUUCUUAUUUAUAUAAUAUGUAUAAUUGGACAUAUGUCUAUUUACUUGCAUAAAUCUUUCAAGAAAUUGGUGUAAUUCUUAGGACACUAUUUCCACUCAUUAUAUCUUUCCCACUGUCUAUUAUCAUAGAUCAUUCCCGUUUUACCAUUUAGACUAUCAAUUUGAAAUUAUUCGAUUACACCUAUGAUUCCCCACGAUUUUAUUCUAUAUUAUCCCCCCCCAAGUUACAUCCUUCCUCAUAGAUAUCUCACUUCUUCCAUCACUAGGAGCAAAUGCAAUAAAUAUUGCCCAACCGUUACUCUUUCAAUCUUGUAUUUCACUCGCAAGCACAUUGAACUGUUGCUACAUGUUAUUCAUUAAGUCAAUCCAUAUCACACAUUAUUCCUGAAUAGUUAUAAUAUCAAAUUACUAUUAUUUUUCCGUAAAAUAAAUAAUCGCAUUCCACAUUGAAUUUUGUCACUUGGACAGUGGAUAUCAGAUUUGUUGAGCGAUUAUGUAGCAAGAACCUGAUGCUUACUUUUGUUCAUCUGGGGACCUGAAUGAAAAAAGACUCGACAAAGCAAUCUACAAUAAGUAGCUUGCUUUGUCGAGUCUACAAACUGCCGCAGAGGAGUCGAGCAUUGUGUCGACUCCUCUUAAAUAUGUAUUUAAAUGAACAUGACCUGAGGUACUCAACUGUGUGAUGAUAUUCUAUGAAGUUGGAAGGACGUGGCAUUAACUAUUCCUACUGUAACUCUUAUUCUGUAACGUGACUCUUGAUACUGUUUUUUUUAGGAUACCCCUGAAAGAAUUUGGAUGUAUUUGUUAAUCAUAAGAUUUUGUCAUAUAAGCGGAUUUUGAUUAAAUUAUCUGUUUUUA